AUGCAGAACGAACAGUUAAACGAAUUUACUCCAGCAGAGCAUAUUCAUCAGAUUCGCUCAUAUUUCGAUAUCAUAGACAAUGCAGUUCAAAUUGGUGACACUAAUAGAAAAUAUUCUGACGCAAAGAUUCCAUCACAACCUGGAACUGCUAAAGAUAACACAUGGGUAACAUUCAAUCUCUCACCUCCUGGUGAAAAUAUGUUGGACCUUUACAAUACAUUCAUUACGUAUAAAAUGGAAGGUCAAUUUAUUGUAGAUAAAGAAAUUGGUUCAGGUUCCAAUAAAACAAACCCACCAGGAUUUUGGAUUGGUUUCGAUGACGCUUUCUAUGCAGUUGCUGGAUAUCAAAUCCUUGCAAAUGGUCGUAUCGUAUAUUCUCAAGACAACGCAAGAGAAGAAGCAUAUAUAACUUCAAACUCACAAACUACCGAACAAAUAAAGAAAGUAUAUGUUUUCUCAAAGGCUCGACAUGAAGAUGUAUGGAGUCAUUCGGGAACAUGCAGAACAGGACAAAUUGUUAGUGGUCCAAUUACAGCAGGAAAAUCAUUUGAUUGUAAGCUUCGUUUAAGAAUUCCUGUUAGAAGAUUCCUUCCAUUAGAAGCUAUUCGAUUUAUUCCAGCUUUUGCAUGA